AUGUUCAAAAUUGGUUUAAUAGUUCGACUUGCUGUUAUUUAUUUUAUUUUAUUUUUUCUUAUUUCUUUUUGGUAUUCAUCAAAACUAGAAUCAAAUGAAAGAAUAUCUUCAGUAAAACAUCGUUUAGCUGUUAUUGUUCCAUAUCGAAAUCGUUCAAAUGAAUUAGAAUUGUUUUUACCACAUAUGAAUUCAUUUCUUAAUUCACAAUCAAUUGAUCAUAUUUUUAUGAUUAUAAAUCAAAUUGAUACACAUCGAUUCAAUCGAGCUGCUCUUAUUAAUAUUGGUUUUAUUGAAUCUCAAACAAUUGUUGAUUAUAUUGUUAUGCAUGAUAUUGAUCUUCUUCCAUUAAACGAUAAAGAAUUACGAUAUGAUUAUCCAGAAAAGGGUCCUGUACAUUUAGCAUCACCAAAAUAUCAUCCAAUGUAUAAUUAUUCUACAUAUGUUGGUGGAAUAUUGAUGAUUACAUGUAAAGAUUUUGAACGUGUUAAUGGGAUGUCACCGUUAUAUUGGGGAUGGGGUAGAGAAGACGAUAAUUUAUAUGUACGGAUGAAACAUGCUGGAAUGAAAAUAUAUCGUCCAAAUAAUUUAUCGACAAAUUCUACAAAUACAUUUCAACAUGUUCAUGAUAAACAAGUACAUAAACGAGAUUAUGCUAAAUAUGGAAAACAGAAAGCGGAAGGAAAAAAACUUCAUCCAGAAAUGGGAUUUAAUACAACGAAAUAUAAAAUAUAUAUAUAUGUAUACAUGAGUAUUAGUCGAGUGGUGAUUACAGGUCUUGGUGUUGUUUCACCAUUAGGUGUUGGUGUCGAUUUUAAUUGGCGUCGUUUAUUAGAUAAUUAUUCAGGUAUUGUUCCACUUGAUCAAUCAGAAUAUGCAGGUAUUCCAUGUCAAAUUGCUGGUCGUGUUCCAAUAAGUUCAGAAAAUAAAAAUCAAGAUGGUUCACUUAAUUUUUCAAAUUAUUUUUCACGAAUGUCCGAUUUAAAAUCAAUGUCAUUGGCAAGUGCUUUUGCUCUUGUCGCAGCUCACGAAGCAAUUGAACAAAGUCAAAUACUUUCAGAAUCAAAAGAUCGAACACGAAUUGGUGUUUCAAUUGGAAAUGGAAUGGCUGGUAUAGCAAACACAUGUACAAUAUUAGAUCAAACAAAAACAAAAGGACUAUAUCGUGGAAUGAGUCCUUUUUAUAUAACACAAAUAUUACCAAAUUCAUCAGCAGGUCAUGUAUCAAUUCGAUAUAAAUUACAAGGACCUAAUCUAUGUAAUAGUUCAGCUUGUGCAGCAGGUGUUCAAGCAAUUGGCGAUGGUUAUAAUAUGAUUCGUCUUGGUCAUGCUGAUGCUAUGAUAUGUGGUGGUACAGAAGCUACAAUUAAUCCAAUAACAAUAUCAGGUUUCGCUCGAAUGCGUGCACUUUCAACAACAUUUAAUGAACAACCUAAAUUUGCAUCUCGACCAUUUGAUCGACAACGAGAUGGUUUUGUUAUGGGCGAAGGAGCAGCUCUUCUUAUAUUAGAACGUCUUGAAUGUGCUGAAAAACGAGGAGCUACAAUAUUUGGUGAAAUACUUGGUUAUGGUCUAAGUUCAGAUGGUAGUCAUAUUACAAAUCCUAGUGGAAUAGGAGCAUUAAAUUGUAUGAAAAAUGCAUUAGAUAAUGCUAAACUCAAUAUCGAAGAUAUUGGUUAUAUUAAUGCACAUGCCACAUCAACUCCAAUUGGUGAUCGUAUUGAACGUCAAGCCAUCACACAAUUGUUUCAAUCGAAUAAUCCAAAUGUAUUAGUUUCGAGUACUAAAGGUCAUACAGGCCAUUUACUUGGUGCUGCUGGUGCUCUUGAAUCUCUUUUUACUACACUUGCUUGUUAUCAUGCUCAAUGUCCUUCUACAUUAAAUUAUAAAAAUAAUAGUGAUGAUUCAGAAGAAUCAUCAUUAGUAAAUAUUAUUCCUGAUGAUAAACCAUCAUUAUGGAAUAAUAAAAAACGUAUUGCAUUGAAGAAUUCAUUUGGUUUUGGUGGAACAAAUUCUUUACGACUUCGUUCAACGAAUCAACCGAAAGAAAAAUUCAAUGAACCACUUUUAUGUCCAGAUAGUGAAACAUAUCGAAAAAUGAUGAAUGAAACACAAUUUGAAUGUUAUUAUGAUGCUAUUAAACAAUGGACAUUUCCAUCAAGAAUUUUAACGAUGAAUAAAGAUGAUAUUCAAGCACUUCAUGAUGGACAUACAUAUUUUAAAAGUCUUUUUACGAUCGAUAAUGAUGAUAAAAAAACAGAAGCAUGCUUUCAACAAUAUCCAACAUUAUCAAAACUAGCUAAUGCUAUCGAUUCAUGUGAUAUCAAACGACCAAUGUUUGUUCGUUUAUCAACAAGAAGUCCAAAAGAUGCGAUUUUAUUAUUAAAUAAAGAAAAUUUUAAAAAAAUCUUUCAGCAAAUAUUGAGUGAUAUGCAACCUGAUAAUACAUCUGAACGUAAUCAACAAUUAAUUGCUCUUGAUGAAGCAUCAAUUCGUAUACUUGCUAUCAAUGAUGGUUUUCAUGCAAUUCAAAUUCUUCUUGCUAGCGAACGUAUACAAGAUGAUUUAAAAUCAUCAUCGUCACUUAAUUUAAUAAUACGAGAAUUUCAUAUUGAUCGUCAAAAUUUAAAAAGUGAAUUUCGUGCAUUUAUAUAUAAACGACAAUUUACAGCACUGACUCAAUAUAAUGAAUAUAUAUUAGAUAAAAUUUUAAUAGAAAAGAAGGAUUCUAUUUUAAAAUCUAUUAAAGAUUUUUUUCAAAAAGAAAAUUUACUUGAACGAAUUCCAUAUGAGAAUUGUGUAUUGGAUUUAAUUUUAAUUGAAAAUCAAGUAUACAUAUGUGAAAUAAAUCCAUUAGCAGAAUUUGCUGGUACAGGAUUAUUUUCAUGGUUAAAUGAUCGUAAGAUUUUAUUAGGUUAUCAAGAAUUUGAAUUUCGUAUAAAAGAAAAUGAAACAAAUGAAUAUUCCGAAGCGAAUAAUCAAUGGCUAUCAUUAAUUAAUAAUUUUUAA